GAUUGCACAAUGAACUGGAGGCCAGCUCUCAGCUUAGCCCUGCUGUGGGCAGUGUGGCUAGUGUGCGGCUCUGAGAAGACAGGGAGGCUAGAGGAGAGAGGGAGCCAUGGAGUUAGGAAAGUGUCCCUGGCUUACAGGGCUCCAAGCAGCCUCCUGAGAAGGUCUGGGGCAUCCCUGAGGAAUUCGAGCCCGAAUCCCCAACGCCCCACCACCAAGAGCGAUUCUUCAGCACCUCCAAAGUCAUCUGAUAAUGUCCUGCAAGGAGAAGCGCGUUCCCAGGCCAGGGGCAUGGGGACCAGAACAAGACGGGUACAGAGACUCACAGCUGCAGCCAAAUACUCCAAGUCCGAGAUGAUUAAGGAUGAAGGGAUAUCUUCUGCCUCACAGUCACGAGUGGUACGUUUCCCUUUGGGGUCAAGUUCUCCCAAUGUCCUGGCCAGCUUUGCUGGGAAAAAUCGGGUGUGGGUCAUUUCUGCCCCCCAUGCCUCUGAGGGCUACUACCGGCUCAUGAUGAGCCUGCUGAAAAAUGAUGUUUACUGCGAACUGGCUGAGAGGCACAUCCAGCAGAUUGUGUUGUUCCAUGAAGAAGGGGAAGAAGGGGGAAAAGUCAGAAGGAUAACCAACGAAGGAAAAAUCCUGGAGCAGCCACUAGAUCCUGCCCUCAUACCUAAGCUCAUGAGCUUUCUGAAACUGGAGAAGGGGAAAUUUGGCAUGGUGCUGUUGAAGAAAACUCUGCAGGUGGAGGAAAGGUAUCCUUAUCCAGUCAGGCUAGAGGCCAUGUAUGAAGUUAUUGAUCAGAGCCCCAUCAGAAAAAUUGAGAAGAUGCGGCAGAAGGGCUUCAUCCAGACUUGCAAAGCAGCUGGGGUGGAGGGACAAGUGGUUGAGGAAGGCAGUAACAGGGGCAGCGCCCAGCCUACUCCUGGUGGUGGACAUGUCCAGGUGUCAGCAAGGAAGGAGGAGCCAAAGAGGAGCAAUAAUCAGCCAACAAGGACCAAAACGGUGAGGAAACCAAUGACAACCACGGUGGCCACUCCUCUGCCUACAGCAAGGACCACUACCCUCCCUCCCACCACCACAACUACCCGUGCCACCACCCGCGCAGUGACAACAGCAAGCCGGUCUACAACAACAACUACACCCCUCCCCACCACGCAGAGGACCUGGACCACGAAGUCACAUUCCACCACAGAGUACCACAGGCUGCCAGUAGCCCCCGAUGCCACCACACCACGAGUCACAACCUCUGAGGAUUUCUACUCUCCUGUGUGGAAGGCAAACCGCAAGGACCGGCAGCGUGGCCACCUGGAGAAACACCUGGCAGCCACACGGAAACCAAGCAAAGCCACCCGCUAUGACAGUUUCACAGAAGUCCCCACAGCUGCCUCAGUGCACUACACAAAGGCAAAUGCAGGUAGAUUUAAAGAUAACCGAACAGACAGGAAGGACUACAACCAUAGGGACCUAAAUGUCACACCAGGGCAACACAAACCAACUAAGACUAAACCACCAAAAAGGAAGGCCCAAGAAAAGAUACUGAGCAAUGAAUAUGAAGAUAAAUAUGACCCGAGCAAGCCUGCUAGUUCUCACUUAGAGGAAGAGAUUGCAGUGGGAAAUAUUCCCCCAAAGAAAGGAAAAGAAUCAAAGAAGCACGAGCGAAUAGAUAAACCUGAGAAGAAGAAGAAGAAGGACAGAUCUGACAAGCUGCAGAAGAGUGAGAAGCAGUCCAAGAAGGACAAAGCUGACAAAAAGAGCAAACAGGACAAAGACCGUAGCAAGAAGAACAAGAAGGGGAGCAGGACUGAGAAUGAGGAUUUCCCCAAGCCCAACAAGAAGCCUUUCCUACAGCCUCCCAGGAAAUCAGUGACUGACCUCCUGGAAUAUUUUGAAGGCAAAAGGCGGCUCAUUCUGAUCACGACCCCCAAGGCGGACAACACCAUGUAUGUACAGCAGCGAGAUGAGUAUCUGGAAAGCUUCUGCAAGAUGGCAACGAGGAAGAUCUCAGUCAUUACAAUUUUUGGCACCAUGAACAACAGCAGCAUGAAAAUUGACCACUUUCAGCUAGAUAAUGAAAAGCCCAUGAAAGUGAUAGAGGAUGAAGAUCUUGUGGACCAGCAGCUCAUCAGUGAGUUAAGGAAAGAGUAUGGGAUGACCUACAAUGACUUCUUCAUGGUGCUGACGGACACUGACAUGAAGGUCAAGCAAUACUAUGAAGUACCUAUAGCAAUGAAGUCUGUGUUUGAUUUGAUCGACACCUUCCAGUCACGAAUUAAAGACAUGGAAAGACAGAAAAAAGAGGGCAUUGUCUGCAAAGAAGAUAAGAAGCAAUCCCUUGAGAGCUUCUUAUCCAGGUUCCGAUGGAGAAGGCGGCUGGUGGUGAUCUCUGCCCCCAGUGAUGAGGACUGGGCUUAUUCCCAGCAGCUUGCUGCUCUCAGUGGACAAGCCUGCAAUUUUGGUCUGCGCCAUAUAACUAUCCUCAAAUUGCUAGGACUUGGAGAAGAUAUUGGUGGUGUCUUAGAGUUGUAUCCAAUUAACGGAAGCUCUACUGUAGACCGAGAAGAUAUCCCAGCUAAUUUGGUGAAAGACAUUCGAAAUUAUUUCCAAAUUAGCCCAGAAUAUUUCUCCAUGCUUCUAGUUGGGAAAGAUGGAAACGUCAAAUCCUGGUAUCCUUCCCCAAUGUGGUCUAUGGCGAUUGUGUACGAUCUGAUUGAUUCCAUGCAGCUUCGGCGACAGGAAAUGACAAUUCAGCAAUCACUUGGCAUGCAGUGCCCAGAUGAUGAGUAUGGUGGGUAUGGUUACCAUAGCUAUCACCAGGGAUACCAGGAAGGUUACCAAGAUGACUACCGUCACCAUGGAAGUUACCACCAUGGAUAUCCGUAUUGAAAAGAGCAACUUAGCCUUCGACUGCCCCGUGUCUGUCUUCUAAUAGCUAUCCAAGCAAUAGGUGGCCAGUUGCUGAAAGUCUUCCCAGGCCACCUAGAUAUCCAUGCCUCGUUCUUCCACUGUUCAAUCAAGGGACUUUGGUCAUUUGCCUUCUCAAAAAUGCAGAAGCCUUUACAGUGAAGCAAUUCAAACCAGUAGUAUUGAAGCUUUAAACAAUAAAGACUCCUUUAUAUUUUUAAACCUUUACAAACAAAGGGCAUCAGCAGGUGCUGUUUGUAUUAAAACCAAACAAAAAAACGCCACAGCCCCAGUCCAUGGACACUACUGUAGGGCAGGACACAAACUGUCCAACAAAUAUUGCAAUGCUCUUUUUAGUAUUUUUUUCUAAGGAGAACAAAAAUACAAGUAUAUUUAUUAGAAAGUGAGAUUACAUUGUGCUUACGAAGACAAGCAAAGAGUCACACUUCAGGACUUUCCCAGAAAAGGAAAAUUUAAGAAAGAAGCAUGGGGCAGGCUCUUUAAUAAUAACUAUAACAAAAUCCUUUUGAAGUACCUUGUCUAAAAAGACAGCAUCCCUUCUACAGUGCAUUAACAUUGUAAUUAGCUGACUAUCAAUAAAAAUAAGAAUUUAUGGCUAUGGCAGGAUUUGUUACAAUACAAUACAAUGCAAAGUUCUUAACUACAAA